UAUCGAGCUGAGUGGCUCAAGAUGAGGACCAUUUCCCUUCUUCUUUUGGCUGCAUCAGCAGCCCUGGCAGAGUCACACAGUGGGAACCACAAGCGGCGUGUUGAGAGGGCGCUUUUGAUACGUUCCAAAAGAAGGUGGGUUUUGUCUACGAUUCAACUAACAGAGGAAGACCCUGGUCCAUACCCAAAACAAAUUUCACAGAUGUUUAAUAACAAGACAAAUCUUGGGGGGAAAAGGAGCAAGUUUCGUAUAAGUGGAAUGGGUGUGACUGAGCAGCCGCUGGAAGUGUUCUCCAUUGAUGAAUUUAGCGGGGUCGUCUAUGCCCUCAGACCGAUUGAUAGAGAAGAAAACAGUCUCUUCCAUAUCAAUUUUGAUAUCUUGGACGUACGGACCGAAGAAAAAAUAGACAGGGAACUCUCUUUUGAUGUAGAAAUAAAGGACAUCAAUGACAACCCACCUACAUUUUUCAACCCCCAAAUCGAAGUCGAUGUAAAGGAAAAUAUGCCAGAGGGGUACUUGCCAGUGCAACUGAAGGCCUUGGACAGAGAUCAGCAGGGCACAUCUAACUCUGAAAUCACCAUCAGUUUGAUUUCACAGAGCCCGCAAGAGCCCCAGAUUGAUGUGGAACAGAUCGAUGGCAGGAUGGCCCAGCUCAAGUUAAAAGGAUGUUUCGACUAUGAUAAAAUAAAGGCGUAUGAAGUUAUCAUUCAAGCCAAAGAUCAUGGAACACCAUCUCUUACCUCCACUGCGGUUGUUACACUCAACAUUCUUGACACAAACAGUCAUCCACCGAUGUUCAAGGAGAAUACGUACCACGGUGCGGUGUCAGAAUCAGCCACCCACAAUGAUCUUCUGAGAGUUGCGGUAGAGGACAAAGACACUCCUAACACUCCUGGCUGGCGUGCCAAAUACUUCUUUAUUAAAGGGAAUGAGGAAGGAAAUUACAAACUUGAAACUGACCCUGACACAAAUGAGGGUAUUCUGAGUGUCAUCAAGGGGAAGGAUUAUGAACAGACAACUUUUACCAAUCUGCAGAUCGGAGUAGAGAACGAGGAACCCUUAUUUAUUUGUCAAAAUGUCGGUGCAGGCACACUUCCACCUCCAGAUACAGUCAAUAUCACAAUCAAAGUGAUUGAUAUCAAUGACCCACCUCAGUUUGAGAAAGAUACAGUUACCGUGUACAACAAGGAAGAGGAGGUGCCAGGAAAGGUGCUGUUCACCCCAAAUGUUCAUGAUGUCGACUCUGACAUAUCCAAAAUAAGGUAUGUGCUGUUAGAAGAUCCAGCUGAUUGGGUGAGCAUUAAUGAGAAAACGGGACAAAUCAUAUCAAAUAAGAAAAUGGACAGAGAGUCACCCUAUGUUGAUGAGGAUAACAAUUACAAAAUCCUCAUUGGUGCCAUAGAUGAUGGUGAGCCUCCAGCCGAAGGUACAUGUUCUGUCCUGAUCCACCUCGGCGAUAUCAAUGACAACAUGCCUAAGUUGGUCAACAAUGGCGUCAUUAUGUGUGGAAACAAGGUUAACAAAGUCAUGGUGGCUGCCAAGGACUCAGAUGCGCAUCCUUUCAGUGGGCCCUUUGUCUUCUCUCUGGGGAGUGAUGACACAACUCUGAAGCAGCGAUGGAAACUAGACCCUUCCUUUGGUGAAGAAGGUGGCCUUGUUAGCCUGAAGACACUUCCUUAUGGCAACUAUUCAGUGCCCCUGGUCAUUCAGGACCAACAGAGCCUAAUGGGACAUGACACUGUGGAAGUGAUGGUGUGUAACUGUGGAGAAGGAGACGUUUGCCAUAGCAAAGAGCCACUCUCAUCCAGCCUUGGGGCACCUGGUACUGGACCGAUUUUUGCAGGAUUGCUCUUAUUUUUGUUACUGCUACUCCUCUUUAUGUGUGAGUGUGGAAAGAAGGGGUUCAAUCACAUCCCCAUGGUGCAGGAUGAGGGAUACCAGUCCUUUAUCAAGUACAACCAAGAAGGAGGGGGUGCUGUAAGCACGGCUGAGCCCACUCUGCUCUUGACUCCUACAAAUGGUGCAUCUGUGACAGAUGGCCUAAAACAGGCCACCGUGCAGCUCUCUCAAAUGGCUCCAGUAAUGAACCAGGAGGCGGAUACAUACAAAAGCUCAGCGCUCACCCUGAAUAACUCUAACAUGACCUCAUUGGGAACGCUGCAUCAAGGAGACGCGAUCAGUGGCCUUGCUGGGCAGACCAUGUACUCUACAAGGACUACAGACAGGAUGAACACCUACCACGGCGGUUCAUCAAGGUACCAACGUUCUUUCAGCCUGCGGUCAGCCCAACACAUUGCCAAUCACAUCGACAGGAGACUGCAAAUGGUUGCUGAAAACCACGUAGACCACCCAGUGUACCCACCCUACAAGUAUGCCUACGAAGGACAUGGCAGCAAUUGCCAGUCACUAGAUGAGCUGUCACUCAGCAACCUGGGAGAAGAUUUGCAGUUUCUGAAUGAUUUGGGGCCAAAGUUCAAGACCUUGGGAGGCAUCUGUCAGCAGAAAUUUCAAAAUGACUUACAGCUUUGAAGGGCACAGCAUAAGUGUAAUUUUCAUAUCAAGCAGGUCGCUCUUCGUUCCCAGUUUGGGACUGUGUGAUUACGGAUUGAUCUG